GCAUUGUUUCACAUCAAACAUAGAUUGAACACACAUGUGUGUGGAUUGAUAUUAAUCCAAAUCAAAAUUUGUACUAACACUUCUCCUUCACGAUAUUUAUUAAUGGAUACAAUUUUAAAAGGCUGGUUCAGUGAAGUCCAAGACGACUUAUGGCCUGGACAAUCAUUUUCUUUAAAAGUUAAAGAUAUUCUUCACAAGGAGAAGUCGGAAUUCCAAGAUAUCCAAGUCGUUGAAACAGAGACGUACGGAAGAUGCCUGAUACUGGAUGGAAUCAUUCAGUGUACUACCAGAGACGAGUUUUCCUACCAGGAAAUGAUAUCCUUCUUGCCACUUUGCUGUCAUCCGAAUCCACAAAAGGUUUUGAUUGUUGGCGGCGGUGAUGGUGGCGUAGCACGUGAAGUUGUAAAGCAUCCAUUGGUUAAGGAAGUCCACCAAGUGGAAAUUGACGAUCGUGUCGUUGAAGUUUCUAAAAAGUACUUACCUUCUAUGGCAUGCGGAUUUGAUAGCGAAAAGCUAAUUCUAACUAUUGGCGAUGGAUUUGACUAUAUGAAAAACCAUAAAAAUGAAUUUGAUGUCAUUAUAACUGAUAGCUCGGAUCCAGUUGGACCUGCCGUGAGCUUGUUCCAAGAAAGCUAUUUUGGAUUGCUAAAACAAGCUCUAAAAGAAGGAGGUGUUGUAUGCUCUCAAGCGGGAAGCUUUUGGCUGGACUUUGAUUACGUAAAGAAAACAAUGAACGGAUGUGCCUUGCAUUUCCCAAAAGUGGGCUAUGCCAUUACCUCAGUUCCAUCUUAUCCAUGUGGUCACAUUGGAUUCAUUAUAGGCUCCUUAGAUGAAAGCCGCCAACUCGAAAAACCAGCAAAAAGAUUUGAAAAAUCUGAAACUGAUGCUCUAAAUUUAAAGUACUAUUCAAGUGAUAUUCAUGAGGCUGCUUUUACAUUACCUCGAUGGGUUGAGAAACACUUUUACGAGUGAAUGCUUAAACAGCUGUUAUAUUGUGUAGACCAAAUUUGAUGUAAAUAUUACAU